AUAUAAUCUAUGAUUGUGUGUGCGUGCGAUGUGUAAACAAAGUCUAAUUUGAAUUUAUCUUUAAAGUUGUAUUAGUUAUUAUUAAAACUAGUCUAUUUACAGAGACCAGGAUCUGUCUAAAUAAAAUUGUGUUUGAGUGUGAAUUUAACUUAAAGUUUUUACAUAUAAGUUAAGUAUUGUACCCACAUCUUGUUUUGUCACUAGACUGUCAACGUGAUUUAUUUUCUUGUGUGUGGUUGUAUAUCCAGAUUGUUUAGUAUAACUACUAUUUGAAAUAUCACCACGUACAUUGCAGUUAAGGCCUAUAUUCCAUGGAUCAAAUGGAUGAGUUUGUCAAAUUUGAAGAACGAUCAAAACCUGUAAGAAAAUCUAUCAGGAGAAAUUUGUUUUCUGAAAAACGUCCUUCACUAUUAACUAAGACAAAACAAGUGUUUUCUACCGGUAUAUUGAAAAUCAACAAAGUUUUCAUCAGAGUUUUGCAUACAGUUGAAUCAGCAACUCAGAGUCUCCGUUUCAGUAGUUACAAAAGAUAUGAAAUGGAUGACUACGAUUUGGUACCCUCUGCCUUCCAAACACCAUCUCGAAUUGCUCGAAGCAUCCUUGGCCGCACACCUAUAAAACUGUACAGUCCUUUUGAUAUUGAUUCUCCUGCCAGAUUUAGUUGAAAAGGUGAUCAUGUCAGUCUUGUUACUUUGAAAAGAAAAGUAACAACAAAUGAUAUAAAAUGUCAAGAGUAUAACUAUAAGAGAAGGUUACAAAUUCAUAGGAUUUUUAUCUAUAAUUUAUUUUAAUUUAAUUUGCAUACCAAAAUGUACAAAAGUAAUAUAUAUUUAUAAAUUUUUGUAUUUUUAUAAUAAACCUUUUAUGUGAUUUA